CAGAACUCCCAACUCAACUUGCAAAUUGGAUCGGAACUCUCUCUCUCUCUCUGUGGUUAGGGUUUAGGGUUUCGGACAGCGAAAAUGUCUCAGACCGGUAAAUUGAUGCCAAAUCUGGACCGGAACAGCACAAAAGUACUCAAUCUUACUGUGCUUCAGAGAAUGGAUCCUUUCAUUGAGGAGAUCUUGAUCACCGCCGCCCACGUCACCUUCUACGAAUUCAACAUUGAUCUCAACCAAUGGAGUCGCAAGGACGUUGAAGGGUCUUUAUUCGUGGUCAAGAGGAACACUCAGCCGCGGUUCCAGUUCAUUGUUAUGAAUCGGCGAAAUACAGAUAAUCUUGUGGAGAAUAUCCUGGGUGAUUUUGAGUUUGAACUUCAAGCUCCAUAUCUGUUGUACCGGAAUGCUGCUCAAGAAGUAAACGGAAUUUGGUUCUACAAUUUCCGUGAGUGCGAGGAAGUUGCAAACCUCUUUAAUAGGAUACUUAGUGCAUACUCAAAGGUGCCUCCAAAGCCAAAAUCUCCGAGCACAAGCGAGUUUGAGGAACUUGAAGCAGUCCCAACCUCUGCAGUGAUUGAAGGGCCACUGGAACCAUCAUUUGCUGCCCCCACUUCUACUGGUGUACCCGAGGAAUCCUCCUUUGUAAACUUCUUCAGUACAGCUAUGAAUAUCGGACAUAAUGCUCCAGUUGCAGUAAACGCUGGACAACCCUACCUUACUUCUUCUACCAUUCCUUUAUCUUCUCGUGGUCCUAGUGUUGCUCCCUCCCCUGCUCCUCCUGCCCUUCAAGUGCCAAAUGUUCAUCUGUUGUCUUCAUCUACUCCAGUGCCCCUCCAUGACACUACCGACCCAAUUAACAGCAACAAUCGGGUCACCAAUCUUGUCAAGCCCUCUUCCUUCUUUACUCCCCCUACUUCUUCAUCUGCAUUGAUGACUCCACCUGUCUCUUCAUCUUUGCCAACGUCUGCUUUUCAUCCUCCCUCGAAUCUACAACGCCCCCAUGGUACACCAAUGCUUCAACCCUUUCCACCACCCACACCUCCACUGUCACUUACUCCUACUUCCACUCCAAAUUAUGAACCAGUUAACAGAGAAAAAGUUCGUGAUGCACUUCUAAUGCUUGCUCAGGACAAUCAAUUCAUCGACAUGAUCUACCAAGCAUUGCUAAAAGCACAUCAAUCGUGACUACUAUGAGAACCAGUGGGAUUUUCAGUAGGGUUUGUGGAGUACAAGAUGCAUGAGAGAUCGGAUCUGUAUAUACCUGGUAUGAGUAUUUUUACCAAACCGUAGUGGUGUGGAAUCUAAUUUCCCAAACCCAAGUAGUUUUCAACUUAUUUACCAAACUCAGGUACUUCAGUGAAAGGAUGUAUUGGAAACACUACUUUGGGUUUAAAACACAAGAAGACUAAAUUCAACGAGUAGUGUUUUCAAAACUCGAUUUCACUGUAGUAUUUGGGUUUAGUAAAUAAGUUUAAAACCAAUUGGGUUUUAAAACUAGUUUCCAAAUCACUGGUUUUGGAGGGAAACUCUACCUGGUUUGCUCAGUUUAUGCAGUUAGAAGUUGCCAUGCUUCUGCCUUUGGAGGGAUUGCACCUACCUUCUUGCUUCAAUAUAUGAAUAUAUAUACAUAUUUCCAUUGUUAAUCUGGUGUUUGUAACAGUGGACUUGGGUUUUUUUUUUCUGUUUUUUUUUUUUUUUUUCUUUCUAAUUCUAGUUGAUUAGGUAUGAUAUCAAUGCUGUAUGGUGUUCUUGACUGAACUAGUUGUGUACAAUUUAAUGUGUAAAGGGGCAUUUUAUGAGCUAGAAAUCAACUUGUCUGAUGAAA